AUGUUGGAAAAUAAUUUAAAAGAAUAUCAUCCACAAAAAUAUUAUUUAAAAAUAAUAUGUCAUGUAUUAUAUUGCUUUGGUUUGGGUAAUUUUUGGUAUGAAAAAACGAAACGUAAUAAUAUACAUAAAACUACAUAUGUAUUGUGGGUAAUAAUAGCAAAUUCAUUUAUAUUUCUUAUGAUUUUAAACGAAUUUUUAGCGUAUAUACGUAAAGAUUUAAACAUAAAAGAAAAAGGGGAUUUAAUUUUAUUUAGUUUCGCACAUCCAUCGAUAGUUGCGAAAAUAAUGGUGUUCUACAUAAAACGAAAGGAAAUAAAGGAUACGCUACAGAUAUUGUUGGAAGGGAAUAAAUUUUGUAAUCUUACAACACUUGAGAAAUCUUCUAUGAAGCGAGCUAGAUACUACUGCACGUCCUUGCUCAUCAAUAUUUUUGUCAUACUCGUUAGCGCAACGAUUGAGGGCAUUCAAAAUUAUCUUCAAGAAGGAGUACCCAUACGUACAGAAGUUACAUAUCUGCCGUAUCGAGAAAGCUCCGGUAUCACAGUCAACAUCUUUAGGUUCCUUGUCCAAUUCCAUUGGUGGUACCUGAUGGCAAUUAUGUAUUCAAUCGACUCUCUAUCUCUCUGUUCCUUAGUAAUCUUAAGUUACAAAUUCAAGGAAGUUCGUCAUCAUUUUAACAGUUGUCGGAUUGAAAUGAUUAAAUUGUCUAAAAGCAAACAAGAUUCAAUGGAUGAGUUAUUCGAAGAGAAUUUUAUCGUCGGUAUUAAACUUCAUCAAGAUGCUUUAAGAUGUGCUCGGAAAAUUCAAAUGUCUCUUGGAAAACUUUACACUGUACAAGUUGCGGAAAGUAUAACAAUGCUUGUGAUAUGUCUUCUGAAGGUUACGAUAGCUGUACGUGACAUAGCUUCGUUGGUAAAGAAUUUUAUGUUUAUAUCAUGUGUUAUUUUACUUAACGGAACAUAUAUGAUGUCUGGCGGUGACGUCACUCAUGAGGCGUCUUUGAUCUCGGAUUCCGUUUUCCACUGCGGCUGGGAAUACGGCAGGAUGAGCAAGGGUCUGCGUAGCCUGGUCGUGGUUACGGUACAGCAAAGUCAGGUGCCGAUCCGCAUGACAGCGUUCGGGGUCUUAUGUUUAUCUUACAAUAGUUUCAUUACAGUACUCCGACUUUCAUAUUCAUUUUUUGCCGUAAUGUAUUAGUUGAGAUGAAAACAGAAAAUAAUAUCAUGCGGUAUUUUUCA